AUGAAGCCGAAGUACUGCAUGUGCUGGUUCAUGGAGUUGGACGACAGCCGAAUGAGCCGCUGGUGCCUAGACACGGCACGCCAAUAUGCAUCCGGAUCACGCGAGCUCCACCCUGGUGACGGAGAGCGAGAUUCCUUGCCAAGCUCCACCGACGGCGCUUUGAGGCGGCAAGGGCAGCUCACCCCUGGGAAACAGGUAGAUGUGCUGACCACCAGCGACGGACUGGCCUUCGGGAUGGGCGUCUACAGCGGCGCCGUAGAGGUUUUGGCACUUUCGGCCUGCAGCAAGGUGGUGGGCCGGCCAGUGAAGAAAGUGCUGCCAGCUCUUCGAGCCCUAUACCCGGGACACAUCUACGUCCACGGCGGCUACGACGGCCAGCGCCGCCUGCUCUCCAUCGAGCGCUUGGCACCAUUCGGCGAUUGCUGGGAGCCACUUCCUCCGAUGUCCGAUCGACGAGCUGUAGUGGCAGCGGACGUAGUUGCCGGGAAGCUGUACGUUUGCGGCGGCUGGGACGGGGAGCACCGUCUUAGCCAAGUCGAGCGCUACAACAUCGCUGCCGGCUGUUGGGAGCAGUUGCCGCCGAUGCUCGAGAGGCGAAGUCAUCCUGCAGUAGCCACUCUUUGCGGCAAGCUCUAUGUUUCCGGUGGCUUUGACGGUGCGGAGAGUUUGAGCUCGGUCGAGUGCUUCGACCCUUCCACGGGUAGCUGGUGUUGCCUCCCGCAAAUGCAGGUGCGUCGAAGAAGGGCGAUUGCAGUCGUGAUGGCUGCGAAGCUCUACAUCUGUGGCGGCUUCGAUGGUGCCGGGCAGCUGAACUUUGCGGAGAGCUAUGACCCGCAGGAGAAGAGAUGGGACAUGCUCCCGCCGAUGCUUGCAAGGCGUGUUGUAAGUGCGGCAGAAGUUAUUUCGGGUAAGUUGUACGUUUUUGGCAGCGAGGAUGAUGCCCGAGUUGUCAGCUCUGUCGAAUGCUACGAUCCAAAGUGCUCGCUCUGGGAGGCACUGCCACCGAUGCUCUCUCGUCGCGUUGGGGCUGCUGCGGCUUCCGUUGCGGGCUGCUUCUAUGUCUGUGGGGGAUGGGAUGGACGUCAGCGUCUCGACUCAGCUGAGCGAUACAAUCCUGCCUCGGCUGUGUGGGAAGCUCUGCCACCCAUGAGCGAGAGGAGAGAUCGAGCAGCAAUCGCAACCAUCGCCGGACGGCUCUACGUCUGUGGAGGGUUCGAUGGUGAUGCCGACCUCAGGACCGCAGAGUGCUUUGACCCCAGCUCUGGUCGCUGGCUGUCUCUGCCACCGAUGCAAGAGAGGCGCUCCAGUGCCGUUGCGGUGGCGGCCCUCACCUAG